AGCGAAAUGUAACUUCACACGAUGAUCUCAGCUCUGGUAUUUUAGGGUUCUUGGGCUUUAACCAUGAGUUCCGCGUGUGUCUGCGGCGUUGCGUCGAUUGGGAGAGGCGAUUUUCAUUUCCAGCUGAGAGGGAGUAGCAGAUUGAGCCACAUUUCACGAGCAGUGGCCAACGAUUGGAGGCGUGGCCCGUAUGAGGAGGGCGCAUUGAAGCAGCCGAGGUACAGUGGCGACGAGCCCUUAUCCAGGCUUGUAAGUGGGCUCAUUUCCAUUGGGCCGCUCUUUGCUGCGAUGCAAUUCGCGGGGCGCCAGGUUUUCCUUCGGACUGCAGAGAAGAAGGGAAUUCCAUGGAGAAGUUUGUCCUCGCAAAUCCUUAACUCGGAAGAAAUAAGAGCAGAGAAGGAGCUGGUUGAGAACAAGUCGAUCGUGUAUCCCGAGUAUUAUCUCCAGAAGUUCCAUGCUUAUACCAAAGGCAACCUUUGCUGGGAGGCAGCUUCCGAAGCUGAGGUAGCCACAAUGUCGAUGGUCAGGCGGACGCUUCCAGCCGCAGAAACCACGGAAGAAGCGCUAGAAGUGCUCAGGGGAAACUGGAUAAGAGCACUUGAGAGCUACCAUAGCCAGAACUCGGUCCUCCCAGUCUCUCAAGUUUUAGACGUGGGAUGUUCGGUUGGUUUGAGCACAAUCUACCUUGCUGAAGCUUUUCCUUCUGCUCAAGUCACUGUGUGUUCCUUUCUAGUAGAUAGUUUUCGUUCUCUUGCUAACGAUGGCUUCCAGGGGCUAGAUUUAUCCCCCUAUUUCCUUGCCGUUGCCCAGCACAAAGAGAAGCAGCGGAUUGCUGAUGGCAAGCUCCAAAGGAAUCCCAUCCGCUGGCGUCACGCAAAUGGCGAACACACAGGAUUUCCUUCAUGCACCUUUGACAUAGUGUCCAUUGCGUAUGUGAUCCACGAGUGUGCGGUUCAUGCGACUAAGGGACUUCUAAAAGAGGCAUAUAGGAUUCUCAAACCGGGAGGCACAAUUGCAAUCACAGACAAUUCACCGAAGUCUAAAAUUCUGCAAAGCCUGCCACCGGUGUUAUUUACACUUCAAAAGUCCACCGAGCCUUGGUUGGAUGACUACUAUGGCUUGGAUCUGGAAGAGGCAAUGCGCGAGGCGGGAUUCAUUUGCGUUUGCUCGAGAUUAACCAAUCCCAGGCACCGGACUGUCAAUGGGACUGUUCCACUUGCGGGUAAAGCUGAGGUUUAACAUACUGGAGCUGGAGCAUCACACAAAGGUUACUCAAAACUUUGCAUCGUUGGCGUGCCUUGACAAGAUGAUCCAGCAGCAGGAAAAAGAAACCUUAUCUUUGUGAAGGACACUUAAAGUACAAAGUCUGUCCACCUUUAAAGGUGCCAAGAGUGCUCUUGUUGGAUGUUCUCUUUUUUUCUCUCGAGGCUGCUUGUUGGAUCUUCACGAGUUUCGGAUUA